AAGACGUCGAAAGGCUAUUGAGGCAAGACGUCAGCGAAUGUCUGCAUGUGAGGAACCCUCAAAUUUAAAUAUCCAAAUGGACACAUCAAUAUGAGGAAAUUCAGCUUGUCGGAGCCAAUCCAGAUCUUGUUUGACUUUGUGGGACAAGAUGAGAUUGCCAGUGAAAUCUUUGUGGUGCAAGAAGCCGCAUCAUCAAGAUCAGUUAAGAGCAGUUCCUCUGGGUCAAUAAUGGACCAUGGCAUAAAAGCAUCCUCAACUCUAUAUGUGCUUUGGUUUUCAAAUCAGGAUGUACAGGAAAUUCUCUCAGAUCAACAAAAUGAUGGAGCUUAUGCCUUACUCCAUACAUCUCAUUGUCAGUCAUCACCGUCUGAGCCCUCCAGCCAGCCAAGUCUCUCUGAGCCCUCCAGCCAGCCAAGUCUCUCUGAGCCCUCCAGCCACUCACUGCUGUCUGAGUCCUCCACCCAGCCACCGCUCACUCUGUUCUCACAACCACAAGAAAUCCUGGUUCUUAAUGAUGAACCAUCACUGCCUCGAUCUGCCCAGGAACCAAUCAUUAUUCUUGAUGAGCAAGAUGAGACAGUUUCACAAAAUCAGUCUCCUGUAUCAACACAUCACCUCGGAGGACCUGUGGAUGAGAUUGAUCUACAGACCAUAUUGAAGAAAAUGGUCAGCAGAGUUGAUGUAAGCUUCUGUCCAACAAGCAACCAAAUAAAUGUGUGCAGGGAUAAUGUUUUACUGUGUAGUCUGCGGGCGUUCAAGCGUAGGUUCUUCAACCCUGAAGCAAAAUUGGAUGUUGUGUUUGUGGAUGAAGAUGACAAUGGUGAAGGGGCAAUUGACGAAGGCGGACCGACAAGAGAGUACCUAAGGCUGUUGAUGAGGGCUGUCCACCAGUCAAAUAUCUUUGAGGGACAUGAGAAAGACCGGCAGUUGUCUCUUGAUACUCAAGCUUUGCAGACACAACUUUACACGUGGGUGGCAAAAAUGAUUGCUGUGUGUGUGGUCCAUGGAGGAGUCGGUCCACACUUCUUUUCUGAAAGGCUUUUCCAUCAAAUCUGUGGGAUACCAACACCCCGGCCACAGUGGAUGAAGUUAGUGACCAUACUUUCAGGGAACAGUUAAUAAAAAUACAGGAAGCACCAACAGUCCGAGAGGCGAACGGUGCAAUUGCAGAGGCAGCAGAUAGUCUCAGCAUUAUAGGUGCCUUAAGAUAUGUAUCUAGUCUGGAGGAGAAGGACUCCCUUGUCCAGUCAGCUGCAGACUUCUUCAUCAAUGGAAGAUUGGCGACUGCCCUGGACCAGUUUACAGAGGGGAUAAAAACCCUUGGUUUACUGGUGGAGCUGAGGAAGAAUCCGGCAGUGUUCUACAACAUGUUUGUCAGUGAGGAGAUUCCACUACAGGCGAAGGACCUAUGCACUUUAUUUGACGUGGACUUCUCUGUGCAGGGCAGCAACAGGAGAGCCAGAGAAAACAUGACAAUAUGCUUUUGGCGUGACUGGUUAAUUGAUAUUGAAGAAGGAGAAUGCAGUCCAGUCACCCUAGAGAAUGUAUUGGAGUUUACAUCAGGAGCCUCAACAGUGCCUCCACUGGGAUUUCCAAACCGUCCACAAAUUCAGUUCCUUCAUGAGGGGAACAGAAUCUUCCCAGAAGCAAAUACUUGU